AAAAAAAACAUCAUUUGUUACUUUACACGCGCGAGCGCACACAUAAGCCCCUCACUGGAGCUUCAUUGUGCCACUUUCUCCAUUUCUCUCUCCUUUCAGACAGAAGCCAUAAUUUUUGAGUUUCAGACAACCAGGUUUGUUAAAAUUUAAGAGAUGGAGGCGCAGAGCGAUCAAUCAAGGGAGGUCUCGCCGCAGAGGAAAAACGGGAGGGGCAAGAUUGCGAUAAAGCGGAUCGAGAACACGACGAAUCGUCAGGUGACAUUCUGCAAACGCCGCAACGGACUGCUGAAGAAAGCUUAUGAGCUGUCUGUGCUCUGCGAUGCCGAGGUUGCUUUAGUCGUCUUCUCUACCAGAGGCCGCCUCUAUGAGUAUGCUAACAACAGGUUCAGUGCCAGCUUGCGUGGGCAGCCAAUCAGUGCCUCGACGAAAUUAAGUGUGAAAGCUACCAUUGAGAGGUACAAGAAAGCUUCCUCGGAUUCCUCAAAUCAUGGUUCUAUCUCUGAAGCUAAUAGUCAGUACUACCAGCAAGAAUCGUCCAAGUUGCGUGCUCAAAUCAAUAAUACGCAGAAUCACAACAGGCAAAUGCUUGGAGAGGCAUUAGGAGCUUUGACUCUCAGGGAUCUCAAGAACCUCGAGAGCAAGGUUGAAAAAGGAAUUAGCAGAAUCCGAACCAAAAAGAACGAGUUGCUGUGUGCAGAAAUUGAGUACUUGCAGAAGAGGCAGGAGAUCGAGCAACAUCACAACAACCAGUGCCUUCGAGCAAAGAUUGCUGAGAGCUCGAGAGCCCACGAGCACAUGAAUUUGAUGCCGGGCGGGAGUGGUGGUUUUGAGUUUGUUGAACAACAGGGUUAUGAUGCUCCAAACUUUCUUCAAGUCAUGGGGCUGCAGCCCAAUGAAGACUAUACUAAGCAGGAAGAGCCACAGCUUCAGUUAAUGUAAGCCUUAUGCAUAUCUCUCUUCUUCUUGCCAUCAACCUUAGACUUUUCUGCUCGUGUCAUGACGGAAUCUUGAACACAUCAUCUUACAUUAAUUUACUAGUGUUUCUACUUUGUGAUCCUGAUGAUUUUACUAUAGUUGUAGAAUCAAAUAGACCAAAUUACUUAUUAAAAAAAUAAAUAUAGUAUAUAUUAAAUUUA